GCACUACGCCAAUGGUGCGUGAUUAUAAUUUUUAAAAAUGCUGGCCACUCGCCCGUCGAUUUCGGUGGCGGCGUCCGAAUUCGCGGCGCAUUGAUACGGCCUUUUAUCAAAUGAUAAAUUUCAGUACUACGCAUUUAUCCGGCACGUCGAAAAAAAAUUGGAUCCACGCCCAACGAUCGUCGCGACGUACGCCACUGCUUUCUGACAUUUCUGUGAGUGGAUGUUGAACAGAGUCGCCAUUGUGAUUUUAGAGAAAAUUUAAUUUAGGUUCAGACUAAAUUGUAAGUACAUGUUGGAAAUGUGCAAAUUAUAGUUUGUUGUUGUGUGUGUUUGUUGCUCGCAGCACGUCGUUAAUCGAGCAGUGCCAUUUCGCCGCAUUCGAGAUGAAUGUUGAUCCACGUAGGCCAGAAAAAGUUCAACGUUACUCGGCAAAAACAGGAAACGGCCAAGAGGACUUGACACCAGAUUAUAUGAACAUACUAGGUCAGCACUCGACCACGGCAAAUGCAGGUGAGCAGGAGCAGUCAGCCAGAGCCGAGACAAGUCUGCAAGCGAAUUCGCAUCUAGAAGGACACGCCGUCGAAGGCAGCGUCGGUAACGGUUUCACCGCCGUCACGUCUACCGCCGCCAAUGUGAUACCCACCAGCCCUCAAUACGGUGUCGCCAUUAUUCCGAAUUUGACGGGAGCCGUAACCGCACCCACAGUCACAGUAGCACCCACCACGUUUUUGCCAACGGAGACGGUGACAGCACCGUCAGACACAGUCACGGACACGACGGUUAAACAGCCGGAAGAAGCCAAGGAUUUACAGGCGACGCCCAGCCGGAACGAUCGCUUUAAGGUUGUUAAGAUCGCCAGUCUAGAGCCAUUCAAAAGGGGACGGUGGAAAUGUAUGGAUUACGUGGAUGAACAGCCGCCGCAGUCUGGAAUGUCGAAAGUGUCCCAAUCAACCAGCAAUAUACAGAUUGGCAACACUCCCACGGGAGGUGUUUACCUACAGACACAGAGCAUGCCACAGCAGCAGAUACAACAGUAUCUGAUGCAAGGUGGCUAUUCGAACGGUAUUCCUUACAUUCAAAUGCAGAUGCCGCAAAGUCAGUAUUUUUACCCCCAAGUGACAAACAUGCAAACUCAGACGUUACAACAGCAAGUGCCAAGUAGUAUGCCGGCGCAGUUCAUAAACUCUGCGCAGCCCUACUUCCCUCCCGGCGUCGUGCCCAAUCCAUCUUUCAAUGUGCAAAGCUACCCGAACGUUCCCUACAUGGCGACUAAUAUGAUGCAAAAUCAAAACAGUGCUUUCGUUCCCACAUCACAGACUGUACAGCUGCCUCCCAAUUUUCAACAAAGCCAGUCGUAUUCGGGCCAACCAAACAUGAACCAGCCUAUGGUCAAUGGCCAUUCCUAUCCUCAAAACGACCAACAGGUCGGCUCGACCAAUCUACCCACACAGACUGCAAAGAACGUGAUUUUAAACUCGAACAUGCCUCCACCACAAGCGACAAACCACGGUCCCAUCGGCCAGAACCAGAUGCCCAUGCCUAACAGCAAUCCCGCUACCCAGAACGUCUCUGUGAUCCAAAACCAACAAUACCAACCGACCGCAACGUUCCAACAGCCGGUCCAGCCUCAGCCCCUGCCCAAUCAGAACUCAAAUCAACAGCAAGUGAACUCUAAUCAACAACAGCCACCGCCUCAACAGCCGCCGCCCCAGCAGCAGCAACCGCCUCAGCAACCUCCACCGCAACAGCCACAGCCGCAGCAACCGCCGCCGCAACAGCAACCCAAUCCGCAGCAGCACGUGCCCGUCGGACCGCCCUCCACCAUGACCCAAGUGGUCCAGCCGCAACCCCACAUGAUCCAGACGGGACAGAACGUCGUACACGUCCAGGGCCAGACCUUCGACCAGAACCUGUCCAGCGUGUACGCGAACCAGCAUUUCAUAAUGAGCGGCAGCACCACCAGCCUGACGAACCUGGACAACUCCAACGACGCGGUGCCGAGCGAGGCGGCCGCCGACCCAGCCAGUGCCACGGAACCGGUCAGUGACAGUGCGGACGAUCCGUCGAAAACUAAUCCGGUAGUGAACGCGAUCGACAACAAAAUCGAACAGGCGAUGGACUUGGUGAAAAGCCAUCUGAUGUACACGGUUCGCGAAGAAGUCGAGGUGCUUAAGGAGAAGAUCUCCGAGUUGAUGGAGAAGAUCCAGCAGCUGGAAACGGAAAACAACUUCCUCAAGAGUCAGAUCUCGAAGGGCGCAGGUUCCGCUCCGACAUCGAUCACCUCAAAUCCCAAUCCGAUGGUCAAUCAGGGACCGAUGGUCCAGACCAACGUGUCCAACCCUAGUCCCAACAUUAUUCCAAAUACUCAACCGAACCUCCUGCAGAAUCCCGCCGCCCACGAAACUGCUCCCACACAUUAAACGAAACAGUGUAUAGACUCUUUAUUUGUACAUGUAUUAACUCUAUGACUAGCCAUUCGCGUCGAGUCCUAUGCAAAAUGCUUUAAGUAUUGGUCUUUCCUACUGUUGUUUUCCCUAGAAAGGCUGUAUAUCCGGCAGUGAUUGCGCAAAGUGGUCGUGGUACUUCUCAUGGACUGUGCGCGAGUACUCGAUUCUAAAUAUAGGAUGUUCAUGUAAAUCAGAUUAUUUAACACUACAUCCAGUGAUUUACAAUGUUAUAAUAUUUGCUAGUUUUAAUAUUUGGAAACGGCUGUUGUUUCCGUGGCUUUAACAUUGUAAAUUGGUGGGUGGUACAUAUUCUGUACCACUUAUUGUACAUCAUAUUUUUUAUUUAUAUUUUUUUACUAUUUAUAAACAAAAAAACAAGAUUUUCAUUUGUUUUAGUUCAAGGAUAAACACGAUCAAAUUGGUACAUGUUACAAUGCCACGUUUAUACACAAUAAUUGUCCGAUUAUUUUUUAAGAGGCAAAAAGGUCUUCAUUUAUUUCAGUUGUACUUGUUAUACAUUUUAUAGUGCAUUUUAUUUAUACAUUUAUGUUUAAAAUUAAUUUGAAAUUUUUUUCAAACAUUUACUUUAUUAUUUUUUAAUUUCUUUUUGUUUUUUAAUUUUAUUUACAUAUAUACAAAAAUAUUUUUUUUUACACAAACAUUCCCGACAAAAUUAAUUUACAUUUACGAUAUCUUUAUAUAUACGUAUAUACAUAUUUAAUUUCGAAAAGAUGAUAACAACACACCCCAACUGAUCGAAAUGUUGAUUACAAUUACGUCUCUACUCACAAUUCAUUUAAGUACCGACAAAUUGUUUUACUAUAAUUUAUUAUGAACUGUACAAAUAAUUUAACAAAUAUGUGGAGAUCUCCUCAUUGUAAAAGCUUUAAAUUGACUUUAAUACAUCGUUGCCAAUUUACAAUUAAAAAGAGUACCGCUGAAACUUUGCUAGCAACCCUAAAAAAACCAUAAAUAAAUGCUUCAAUAUUUCACAGUGUUCUCUAGGUGAUACAUUAAAUAGUCGCUUGUUUAUAUUCAUACAUGUAUUUAUUAUAUUUACUCAUCGCACACUUUCUGCCCAGGGACGAAACGGUCCCAAAGUAUUAUGUUCCGUUGAUAAGCGUAGGUUGUUCUCGUUGAGAAUGUUUGAAGCAUUUGGGGAAAAUAGACAUUUCAGACCUCCAUAGUUAAAUACAAGAAUUGUAGUCACUAAAUUCGAUAAUCUCAUGAGUUAGUUGUUUUUCGCCUAGUAAUUUAUUCUAUGUUUUUUUUUUUUUUUGUAUUGUGUAAGGAAUCAGACCAAUCUAUGUAAAUUUAGUAUCAGUAUUGAUUUCUGGGAUGUGUUUACCUACCCAGGAAUCGGACCACAGGGAGGAAGGGAUUUAAGACUUGUCGAACUGAUUAUGCACGUCUGACUGGGGGUAUUUGACUAUUGAAGUCUUUAAUAAGUUAGAUGAUAUUUACACUUUUUCAAUAUUACGGUUACCUUCGUCUAGCAUUUGUAAUUAUAUAUUUUAGCCACAGAGGCACAAGUCGAAAGCAAAAAACCAAAGAAAAAAAAAACAUAAAAAACACGUUAGGCUAAGAUAACAUUGGUAAAA